UCAUAACCUUCGUGUGGUAUCCACUGCCUGUAAUUGUAUGAUAAGGAAGUUAAAUUUAUUUAAACAAAAAAUUAUCUAAAAAUAAAUCGUUUGCUCUACAACGUAUUUUAUUGGCCGCUCAUGAUUUAAUUGUGAUACCGUUUAAAUUUUGUAUUCAAGUUCACUGUGAUGGAGCAAGAGAAUCAACAAGAAAUUGAUACCCAAAUGAGCGCCCAUGAAGUCGAAAAACUAGAAGAAGAAAAAUUGAAGGCAAAGUAUGGAUCUGCUAUGGGUGGCGUGAAUGUCGUGCGUCCUAUUGGGGGCCAUUCCGCUUUUUUGCAGAAGAGAUUAGCAAAAGGUCAAAAAUUCUUUGAUUCUGGUGAUUAUCAGAUGGCAAAACAGAAAAUGGGGGGUGUCAAUAAACAGCCUUUAAAAGUAUCCGGUCCCGUGAAUCCGUACGCGACUGGUGAAGCCAUUCCAACACCUGAAACAGUACCUGCAAGAAAGACUUCGAUCAUUCAGCCGUCAAAAUUUACCUCAAAUGUGAGUUAGUGUGAUUUAUUGAUAUUUUAUUAAAAUAUGUUUUUAAUAUCGUGAGUCUGUAUUAUGCUUUAUGUAACUUGUAUACACUUCUGAUUUUAAUUAUUAUUGGUCCUUUUUUAAUUAUAGUACAGUACAAUAAAUAAAUGGUCACUUUGCGUAAUGUU